UUAUUCUAAUUUCUAAUGGCAAGGUGAGAGAGUCUGCCAAGAGUAGAAGAAGUUAUCUGUUCGAAGAAUAUUUCAUUCAUUAAAUUAUAAUUCAAUUAAAUUGAAAAUGAAAUUUUAAUUUAAGAAGAAAAACUAUAUUACUGUGAUUCUAUAAAAAAAAAUAAAAACAAUAUGAAAUAAAAUCCACAAAAUUCCCAAUGAAAAGUCACCCUUGAACUCGAACAAAAAAAAAUCGAUAAAUUCUAAUUAGAAAAAAAAAGAAGACACAAAGUAAAAGAGAAAUGGGUGCGGAACAUUCCUCACAAACUCGCAACGACGCCGAGGGACGUGAAGUCUUCGAACACGAUCGCACCUCUUCGGCAAACUCUUCAACAAAACGUCGGGCCGCUGCCCAACGUCAAGGUUCUACCAGCAGCAAAAACAGCCAACAGCAAGGCUCUCCGACAUUUUCUGACAUUGGUCGUCCCGUUUCGCCGCCACUAAGUGUCUGCUAUGACUCAGACUUGCCCUAUGUCUCUUACACCGACCGACCAAUCGGUGAUUCACCCAAAAUCCGUAAUAAAAACACUUCCUCCGCCUCUGGUUUGAGAAGUGUUCAUGCAAAUAGUCGCUACAAACAAACUGGCACCAAACCAAAGCGACCAGCUUCCACAUCGAAUCAUAAUAUUGUCAUUGUCAAGCCGGGAACUACUCGAGAUCUGGAUCUGGAUUUAGAUCCGGAUCUAGCAAGAUUACGAAGUAUUCCCAUGUUUUUGCCCGUUAUGCGGGAAACCCUUUCCCUGCCUUCAUCUCGAGAGCCAGAGAUUCUCGAGCGUUUGCAAUCGGUGCAUUUGCAGAACAUUUGCCAUCGAAUGCAGGCACAUUUGAAUUAUUGUGCCACACACGUUGCCACCGAACAAAGUCAGAUUAUAGAGAAGACAAAAAUGGUCAAUAAUCAAGUGACAACGUUAUUUGCAACGUUUGUUGAUAUGCAGAAAACUUAUGCUGCAUAUGCAGAGCAGUUUUCGAAAAUACGAAGCAUCUCGCAGCAAUUGAGUCGUUGUAAUUCUCUAUUGAAUGAGAAUAUUGAAAGUUUAGAAGCAAUUAAUAACUUUCUCGAUGUUGAUGAUAGACUGGAACCGUUUGUAUGGAAAACUGAAGAGAUUACCCACAAGAAGGGGGGCAGCGUAACGUAGUUGUUUUUACAAUAAAUUUAUUCAAAAUUUUGUUUUAGUUUUAAAAUUGUAUUUUUUGUAUUUGUAUAUUUUUUAAGUGACAUAAUCAAAAUAAUGUUGUUUUAAGUUAAUUAAAAAAAAAAAAUAUUCCAAGUUUUAUGGUUAGUUAUUUAUUCAAUUAAAAAAAGAAAGAAAAAUAAAUU